AUGCCCCUGAUAUCUCCCCCCCGGGUUGCCCAUGACGAGGCGGACUCGCCUGCUCUCUACCGGUUCAAUGCUAUUGAGCCUCUGAACCAGCUGCAAGACCUCCCACCUGUGGUCUUUCCUCAACCUGCAGGCAUCGACGCCGAUAUCCCUCCAACCACCUCCAAACAGCGUCGUCGCGCUUCCAGUCUGGAUGGCUCGCUCGAUUACGAUGUGCACUUGUCUGAGAAAAUCGCCAAAAAUCUCCAAGAAGGGCAAUCCCUGACGACGGGGACAGAGGGAACGGAACACGGGGGAUUAAACCGCUCUCGCAAAUCAUCGUUCUUGUACCGGAGCUACGGUUAUCAUUUUAAUCUCCCGGGUGUUCCGUACGCUGAACCCUGUUUCGCAGCCACAGAAUUCCGGGAUCCCGACUCCUUGGAAGAACAAGAAGAGUCUUCUGAAGAUGACUCAGCGUCCAGUGUGGACGGAGAAUACCUGUCAGAAAAGACACCGCUUGUCUGUGAGACGCGAGAGCUGCGAGCGGGCUCCCACACCCAUCGUUGGAACAAACCACUAGUCGGAGUGGUUUACGAGGUAACUCUAUCCGACUACGCGAAAAUCAUCGCUACGGAGGGGGGCGGCGGUGGUUACCGGGAUAUCGUGGUGGAUUGUCACGCUUUCCCUGAUGACUACAGGUCUACCGAUCCCGUGCCUAGUCAUCCAGACACCCCUCCUUUCAAAGCACAUACUCUCCUCUCGCCCCAGCCCAUGGUUGAUGAAAGCGGCGGUGCGCUAGUGACACCAUCCUCGUGCUCUAAGCCCUCGUCACUGACCUUCGGCCGACAUAUGCGUCCCAAUCUUAAUUACGCUCAGCCUUCUGCUCGCUACCUCGACCUAAUCACCACGGGUGCGAGGGAACAUAAUCUUCCGGUAGCUUAUCAAGAAUAUCUUUCCGGGUUUCAUUCUUAUCAGAUUACAACGUUCCGGCAAAAGGUCGGGAAAGUGGUCAUCCUGCUCUUGUUCGGCCCCAUCAUUCUCUCCCUCUUCGCGCUCUGCAAGAAGCUUGCAGGGCCCGAUGGCCGCAGUCCAGCGUGGCUGUUGUCUCUGUUGAAUUUGAUAUUUGCGACUAUGUGGCAUAGUUAUGAUUGUGUCUUCAAGAAGGUGUUUGGAGAUGGCGAGCGAACAAUGGAUGAUUGA